GGCGUCAGUCAAGGACCGCGGUGUCUUGGCGGAGCGCGACCCAGUGCGGCUCAGCCCUCGCGUCUAGACACACGCCCGAACAAACUAACUCGUAACAAAACACACGCAUCCUACAUCGUUCAGCAAGGACGGCGCUAGUCAAAGCCUAAUGCGUGUCAUUUUGGCCGCACGAACAUCUGCAUGAGGCAGCGCAAGUCAAAUAAUUGCAAGAAUGCAGCGCGUGCUAGCCCUGAUGGCGGUCUUGGCCUUCAGUGAGACUGUGUCCGCCCUCCAAUGCUACCAAUGCCUCAUCAACCCGCCACCAGGCCACAACUAUACUUCUACGCCGCGCCUGUGCGUCAACUUCGACCACUCCAACAAGUUCGUCGUGGACUGCCCCUACUCCACGAUGUGUAUGAAGCAGGACUUCCAUUUGGAAAUUCAGAAUGGAGUGAGGAUAAGCGGCGUGCUACGAGACUGCGCACCGCAGACCAACAAGUAUCAAGACUACGAGAACGGGCGCUGGUCUCCCAAGAUCGAGAUCAUGGAGCCGUAUAAAGAGGGCUGCUUAGAAGUGGACGAUAAGGGCGAGAGGACGCCUUCCACUAGAUACUGUUACUGUCGUGGUGACUUCUGCAACACGUCCAACACGACCCACGAAGGCUACACAGACAUAAUGGGUGUUAUACUAGUAUUUAAUCUUAUGAAAUACAUCAACAGUAUUAGGUAGUGCAUCAGUAGCUACCUGUAAAUGUUUCAAGUCUGUGAUUUUUUGAACUAUAAAAAGACAGUGUAACUAGAUGUCAGUGAUGGAUUGAUGAGGAUUUACUAUUAGUGGUGCUGUAAAUAAUUUCCUGUCUUGUGUUAUUG